AUGAUCCGUGCACAGGACUCGUUGAACCCAGACUACAACUACAACUCGACUCAGCUGGAUGAACGAGAGGACCGUGAAUCACGCGCCAGAACUGAACGAUUGGCGCUGCAUCAAUUGGACAAAGCUAGGACCAAACCGGUAGCAUUUGCAGUUCGUACCAACGUUUCUUACGAUGGAAGCGUGGACGAUGACUCUCCCAUUCACGGCUAUGCCAUCUCAUUUGGCAUUAAAGAUUUUUUGCAUAUCAAAGAGAAAUACAACAACGAGUGGUGGAUUGGACGCCUGGUCAAGGAGGACAGCGAUAUUGGUUUCAUUCCCAGUCCAGUUAAGUUGGAAGGCCUCAAACUGCAGCAGAAUCAGACGAAUCGCAACAAAAUCUACUCCAAAUCACUGUCUGGUUCCAACUUUGCAGUUUUAAACUCGAAUGAACACUUUAAAUCCAACAUGAGUGAUGCCAAUUCGCCGACUACAGAUGCCGAGAAUAAUCCUCGUCACAAAUCAUCAAUCACAACGCCACCAGUCAAAGAGCGUAGGAAACCAUUUUUCAAAAAGUCAGAGCACAUGCCACCGUACGACGUAGUACCUUCAAUGAGACCAGUUGUCCUUGUGGGACCGUCUUUGAAGGGCUACGAAGUGACUGACAUGAUGCAAAAGGCGCUCUUUGAUUACCUCAAACGCCGAUUUGAAGGGCGAAUCAUCAUCACUCGGGUAAUGAUCGACAUCUCAAUGGCCAAACGGUCAGCACUAAACAAUCCCAACAAACGACCAAUUCUCGAGUAUGGCCGGCUAGAGAGCCGCAACUCUAGUCUAGCCGAGUUACAAAAUGAAAUUGAAAGGAUAUUCGAACUGGCCCGAACGAUGCAACUAGUUGUUCUAGACUGUGACACCAUCAAUAACCCUUCACAACUUGCCAAAACUUCACUUGCGCCUAUUUUUGUCUACGUCAAGGUGUCUUCGCCAAAAGUUCUCCAACGGUUGAUUAAAUCUCGCGGCAAGUCACAGAGUCGCAAUUUAAACGUUCAAAUGGUGGCUGCUGAAAAGUUAGCACAAUGUCCUCCGGAAAUGUUUGACAUAAUUCUGGACGAAAACCACCUGGAGGAUGCCUGCGAACACUUGGCUGACUUUUUAGAAAGCUACUGGCUGGCGGCUCACCCACCACUGAAGCCCUCUCAGUCGACGGGCAUUGGACCGAUCAUUCACAAUCAGAUGCUGGACGGAGGCAUUCAGGAUAAGGACCUGAGCGGCAUGGCGAUGCCCCUCUACUCCAGUCCCUCCAUGUCCUCCACCUUCGACCCGACGCCCAGCUUUCACAACUACAUGUCCUUCAACAGUGGCAACUUCAACUCCUACGGGCCUUCCAUCGAUCCAAUGGACGCACACUACAUGAACAACGCUCAACAGCAGCACGCAUUUGCAGGUGGCAGUGAGGCAGGGACCACUCAGGCGUACCUGGUCUCUCCCUCGUCCUACAACCUCAACUCCAACUGGGCAGCACCCAUGAAUGCCAGCUCAGCAGCAGCGUACCUCGACACUGCCAACAACAACCACCUCGGUGGUGACUUCAAGAAAGGCUAA